UUAUUUUGUACUUUGUAUUGUAUAUCUAUAUAUAUCUAUACAUAGGUAUGGUUAUAUUACUUGUUUACAUAGGUUUUUAAGUGCUACGGCACUUAAGGAAUAUGGUCCUUUGAAGGUAAUCUAUUGUUUGAUAUAGAUUAUUGUUUAGUGGCGACAGAUGUGAAUUUUUGGGACUGGAUAAAUCCAUGGGGUGUUAUAAAUUUUUAAAGUAUCUUAUUUACUACAAUUUGAAAACUUGAAAAUAUUUACUUUACAGGAUAAAGAUUUCUUAAGAAAGUUGGAAAAAAUUUAUAACUCAUAAACUUAUCUUAUCCUCAAGAAUUCAUGUUAUAGCGAAGUAAAAUAAAAUAGAAAAUGUGUGAGAAAAUAAAAUAAAAUAAAUUUUAAACGUCAAAAUUCGCUGGACGUUACAGAUGGAUGCUUUGUAAAAGUUCUUCUAUCGUACUCGCUUGCUGAACAUCUGUUUCCAUUUCAUUGUUCAUUUUGAUUUCUUCGCUUGAAGGUAUCAAUGUAUUUUUUAAGAUUAGUGAUGAUUUUUUAUCUGGACUUGUGUUUGGUUUCACAUAGGCUUUGAACCCUCAGUUUUCUUAUGAGUGGGUUUUUUGCGCUGUUAGUUGUGAAGUUCUUGUUCUUUUGUCAUACAAAAGUAUUUCUUCAUUUUAUAUCAUGUCUGGAUUUAAUGGAGAAAAUCAUAAUUUAUUAACAUCUGAUAACUUUUGGGAUUGAUAACCCCCUUUUUCACUAUUAAUGUUUAUUAUUUCACUAUCACUUUUUAAAUUCAAACUCGCGCGGACGCGAAACUCUGCCUAUGGUCCGCUGCUGUGGUGGCGGUUUAUUUAAGUCAGACUUUUUUUAAAAAUAUAGUCUUUUCCUUUGAGUCUGGUGAGCUAGCUCUACCGAUUCUUAAUUUACUACUGUUACAUCCUAGGAUGCACAAAGCAAAGUAUUUAAUUUAAUUAUUUCAAGUCAGGAACGCAUUGUCCUCUAACUUGGGAAUAAUUUUAUAAUUUGAGUUUUCUUUUAGAAAAAAGGAAAUUGGAAAAUAUAUGGAUUAAAUUUUGUCGAUACAACUUAAAUUGAAUCGGCAAAAUUUGGAAAAGGUCCUAACCAAAAUGUGAUGUUGAUAGUAUGGGUCCAACUUAAAUUGUACCAAUACUAUCAGGGAACAGAAAAUAGAAAAGAAAUGAUAAUCAAAUAAAUUUUAUUAUUAAUUCACUUACUUUUUUAUUGAUUAUUGUUUUUUUACAGUGUGUUGUUGAAUAUCAGUUUUUCCUUUCCUUGAAUAUAUUCCUUUUUUUUAUAUUAAUAUUAAUUUUAUAAAUGAAAUUCUUUAAAUUGGGAUUUUGUAGCAAUGAUAAUACUGGAUACUUUUAUGAAGAAUAUUUUUUUAUACUUGUGUUUUUUUUAGAAAUGAAUUUUAUGUACUUGAUUAAAAAAAUUGAACUAAAAGGUUUGAACUGAAUUGAAGAAUUUUUUUAACUGACUUCUAAUGGGACUUCCCUUGGUUUUUAAAGGGAAUGAUUCCCACUCCACUUUUUAGAUAAAGAUAAUAUUAUCAGGCCCAUUUUUGGGGACUUGAAUUUAUAAAAAGAAUAUAUAGAAGAACAAGUACAACCUCCCCAUAGGGUGUACUUUAGGCUACAGGCUGAUUCCCACAGAUUUAUUAGUGUAUUUUUGCAGCAUUAGAAGUCUAAACAACAUUUUUUCUUUAGAAAUAUUGGGUUUAAUUAUGAAGCGUUUAAAGAAGCAUCUGAAAUUCUAAAACAACAUAUCUCAAGUACUACAAUAAUGUAUUUAAUACUAAAAGGACUAGCGGAAGAAUGGAAACCAGUAAAAAAUUUAUUAACAAAAAAAAUAGAGGACAUCGAAAAAAUGUUUUAUCAACAUUACAAUUUGCUUUGCAAUGAUAAAAUUUUCUUGUCCAAUGAUAUUAAAAAACUAUUAAAAUGUCGAUACGUUCAUCACGAUAUACCAUUUCUUAAAAUUGCUCCAUUUAAAGAGGAAGAUAUUUAUCUAGAACCAAGAGUUGUAAUGUUUCAUGAUGUUAUUUCUGAGGAAGAAAUAGAUACUAUGAAGGAUAUGUCUAAGCAUAUGCUUCAAGGAUCAGAAGUCGAAGGAGUUAAUGGAUCAUACUCAUCUCAAGUUAGAAUUAGUGAGACUACUUGGCUCAUUGACGAUGAUCACAAACAUGUGAAAAAUGUAAAUCGACGUGUGGAAGAUAUGACAAAUUUAGCUCUUGAUUCUGCAGAAGUCUUACAAAUCACACGUUAUCAAGUCGGUGGCAAAUACGAUGUACAUUAUGAUUUUGAUAUUGAACAUAAAAUGCCCUUAGAAAUUGGGGAUCGUAUAGCUACUCUCAUGUUUUAUCUAAGUGACGUCAGUGAAGGAGGUAAUACAAUUUUCAUCGAUUUAAAUAUUACAAUAUCACCUAAGAAAGGAAAUGCAAUAUUCUGGUACAAUCUUAGAAAAAAUGGAGAUUUUAACUUACUGACUGCUCAUUCUGGUUGUCCUGUGAUUGCUGGCACAAAAUGGGUGGCGAACAAGUGGCUUAAUGAAAUUGGUCAAGAAUUCCGUAGACCUUGUACGUGGGAAGAAAAGCCAAAGGAAUCUAAAUAUUUCUCUACAAUAAGCAGUUUUAAUUUAAUUAACAAUUAAUAUUGUUUUUAAUAAAAAUUAAUAAAUAUCAACAUUUAUAAUUAAACAUUGUUACAUCGGACUUAAUAUAAUAAUUAGUAUAAUUAAAAAUAAUAAUAAUGUCACGUCACCGUAACAUUUUUGUUAUAAAUAAAUAAUAAUUAUUAUUAAUAAUUAAUUUGAAUAAAUAAAAUAAAUAUUUAUGUAAAAUUAAUUUGUAAAUAAAUAGAGGCGAGCUGGUACCGCCGCGAGAAAUA